CUUUUUGAGAAAGAAAAAAUCCUAAUUAACUAAAUUCUAUUAAAUGUUUCAAAACUACACUUCUUACUUACUUUGACUGCAUAGUCAAUUACCCUCUUUACUCCAACUAAAACACGAGCCAUUUUAACUUACUAAUUUGAAAAUGUGAUAAAAGUUUACAUAAAUUGUAAAAGUGGUAUCAGUAUAAAGUAUAAAUUUAAAUUUAUAAAUUUUUUAUUAUUAUGGACUUUAACCCUAACCUUCCAAAAAGUCACAGUCCACAAUAUGACAUUGACAGAGUGCAACAAAAACAAAACCCUAAAAAGACCAUUUUACACAUUUUUACCAACCAGUAGUUGCUUAUGUGAUAAACAAGUGACCUUUUUAAAGAAAGAAGAAGAAUGUUUGACAAAUAAAUAACAGGACAGGCUUUGCACAGUUUGUACGAACUUCGAACUUUUAGUUCAUUAACAAACGUCAAAAUAUGGAAUUGUACAUCAAAUCUUAAUUUUUAGUUUUUAAUACAUAUAUCAUAAAAUCUUACCAGUAAUGGCUUCAAGAAGUUUAACAGAUGUUUUUUUAUUAAUGAGAAACAAUGCCAUCAGAAGCAGACACAUCUACCCAGAUCAGGAGUCAUCAGAAAGAAUGCAUUUGGUAUCUCUUAACGAUAUGGAAGAAGGUGGAAAUCCGAGAGAUGAAGUUAGAAUGCCCCCAAUAUGGAUAGAUUAUCUGGAAAAGGCCCAAAUGAUUAUUCCCAAACUGAAAUCAAAAAUAGAUGAUCUUAAGUCUCUACAUUCCAGACAUUUAAAUAAAUCAACCUUUGACGAAACAUCUGAUGAUGAAGUAGCAAUUGAGAAUUGUACACAUGAAAUAAGCCGCAUGUUCAAUGAAUGUCAUAGAUUAGUACAGAUCAUUAAAAGUCAUGCUUUUGAAGGUGUCCAGAAGGAAAGAAGACUGACAGUAAAUGUGUACCAUUCCUUAGCUAGUGCAUUACAAGAAUUGUCAACAUAUUUUAGGUCAACACAAAAUAGUUAUUUAAGGCAGAUCCAGUCCCGAGAAGAUAGAUCCAAAAUAUACUUUGAUCAAAAUGAAUUUGAUGAUUUUUACCAACAAGAAACUGAAGAUAUCGACAUACAUUUUGUGAAUUCUAAACAAGUUACCCAACAGCAACUUCUUAUGCUAGAGGAAGAAAAUUCAAGGUUUGCAGAAGAAAGAGAACAAGAAGUGAAUGCUAUUGUAAAAUCAAUAGUGGAUCUGAAUUCUAUUUUCAAAGAUUUAAGUCAAAUGGUUGUGGAUCAAGGGACUGUAUUAGAUCGAAUAGAUUACAAUAUUGAACAAACCACAAUACAAGUCCAUGAAGGAUUUAAACAACUUCAGAAAGCAGAUGCUUACCAAAGAAAAAACAGGAAAAUGUGUGCUAUCAUUGUACUCGCCUCUACAGUAAUUUUAUUAAUUUUCUUACUGGUUCUUAUCAAAUCCUAGUCACUAUUUUAAUUUAUUAUUAGAUAUAAGAAAUAUAAAAUAUUUAUUUUUCUGUUAAUAAAAGCUUUUAUCAUGCCUCA